AUGGCAGCCCGGUCCCGGAGACCCUGGCUGAGCGUGGUGCUGGGGCUGGUGCUGGGUUUCACCGCCGCCUCCUGGCUCAUCGCCCCGAAAGUGGCCGAGCUGAGCGAAAAGAAGAGGCGCGGCUCCAGCCUCUGCUCCUACUACGGCCGCUCGGCGGGGCCGGGGGCGGCCGGGGGCGCGGCGGUGCCGGGCGGGCAGCAGGCGCCGCCGGAGGCAGCGGCGGUGCUGGGCGGGGAGCCGGAGGAGGAGGAGGAAGGCGGCGAGAAGCGGAGCGGCCGGCCCGGCGGCAGCCACAACGGGAGCGGGGACUGGGGGGGCGCCCCGGGCUACGCCAAGCCCCGCAACUUCCUCUACGUGGGGGUGAUGACGGCCCAGAAGUACCUGGGCAGCCGGGCGGUGGCGGCGCAGCGGACGUGGGCGCCCUCGGUGCCGGGCCGCGUGGAGUUCUUCUCCAGCCAGGGCUCCGCCGCGCCCCCCGGGCUGCCCCGGCUGCCCGUCGUCGCCCUGCCCGGCGUGGACGACUCCUACCCGCCGCAGAAGAAGUCUUUCAUGAUGAUCAAGUACAUGCACGACCGCUACCUGGACAAGUACGAAUGGUUCAUGCGGGCGGACGACGACGUCUACAUUAAAGGUGACCGGGGCGCGCCCCGCCGCCGGGAGGGAGGGAGCGGAGCGAUGGCCUGGCGGCCCGGCGGGGUCCCGCGGGGGGUGGGGAGAGUCGGUUCCCGCCCGGUGGCGGAGCGCAAGGGGUACCUCGGCCCACCCACCGCCCCGGCGGAGUUUGCUUCCAGCCACCGUGUGCGGGCCGUGGGGUGCUGUCCCGGCGCUGAGGUGCCGGUGGGAACCUCGAGGUGCCCCCGCGGGGCCGGGCCGGGCCGGGCCGUCCUUGGGGAGGCCGCGGUGCCGGGGCGCGUUGGAGGGCUGAGGCGGGGGGUUGGACCGCGGCGGGCGCGGUGAGCGGUCCUGGCGUGGGAUCUCGGUGCUGCGGCCCCCGCGCUUGCUGCGGCGCGGCUCUCCGGGCGAGGCUCUGCCGUGGGCCGGCGGAGAGGGUCGGUCCGGCCCGGCCCGGCCCGGCCCGGCCCGGCGGAGAGGGGCCGUGGGCGGGCAGCGGAGCGGCGGGGUGGUGCCGGCGCCGCGUCCCGCCGCGCUCGGCUGCGCAGCCCAAGGGUGGCAGUCCCGCCUCGUCCCGCCGCCCGUGGGCAGGCGGCGGGCGGGAGCGGCGAAGAGCUCUGCCGACUGCGUCCUGCUCCGGCCGGGCAGCCCCCGCCGCGGUUGCGGCUCAGCCCGAAGGC